UCAAUGCGCAUGCGCACGUCCCCUCCGCCCUCCUGCGUGAAGUGUCCCCCUCUUGAAGUCCUCUCUUGGCGGCCAUCCUUCAUCGGAACCUGCCUUCAACCAUGAGCUUCACCGUGGAAGAGAGGGGGAACCCCAACUCCCUGAGCUACCGCUUGUUCUUCAAAAAUUCAGAGGGGAAGUACAUCUCACCAUUCCAUGACAUACCAAUAUAUGCCAAUGAGAAACAGGACCUCUUUCACAUGGUUGUUGAGGUGCCAAGAUGGACUAACGCAAAGAUGGAGAUCGCCACAAAAGACCUCUUGAAUCCAAUAAAACAAGACGUGAAGAAGGGCAAACUGCGUUACGUUGCUAAUGUUUUCCCUCAUAAAGGCUACAUCUGGAACUACGGAGCCAUUCCUCAGACUUGGGAAGACCCAGGGCACAGAGAUAGUGACACUGGCUGCUGCGGGGACAACGACCCCGUUGACGUCUGCGAAAUCGGCUCAAAGGUGUGCUCCCGCGGAGAGGUGAUCAAAGUGAAAGUGCUCGGCGUCCUGGCUAUGAUUGAUGAGGGCGAGACCGACUGGAAAGUGAUUGCAAUCAACGCUGAUGACCCUGAAGCCAACCAGUUUAACAACAUGGGCGAUGUCCAGCGACUGAAGCCUGGCUAUCUGGAGGCCACGCUCGACUGGUUCAAGAGGUACAAAGUGCCAGAUGGGAAAGCUGAGAACCAAUUUGCUUUCAAUGAGGAGUUCAAGGACAAGGACUUUGCCAUCAAAGUCAUCAAGAGCACUCACAACUUCUGGAAAGCUCUUGUUUGUCAAAAGACCAGUGGUGGUGAACUGAACUGCAAAAACACCUGCGUGUCAGCAGGUGACAGCCCCUUUUGCUGCUCAGUGGAUGAGGCUCAAGGUGCUGUCAGUGCCACAUGCCCUUGUGGAAAAGAAGAGCCUGUCCCAUCAUCAGUAGAUAAAUGGUUCUACUACGAGAAGAAGUAGUCCGGUGGCUGCACGGAUCGACGCAAAGUGAAUGCUUCAAUUGUCACAGGCAAACUUGAAGAUGACUUACAGUAAGAAAUGGUGCAGGAACGGGUGGGACGUUGCAGGUUUAAUCUCGGGCGUCUGUCUUCCUAAUGGAUACAUGAGUAAGAUAGUGGGUAGAGAAUGCAGGCAACAAUAAAACAAGAUGUAGUUAAUUGUUUUCCCUUAUUUAUCAAUGCUGACACAGGUACGCUGCCUCUAAAUAUAUGUGUGCCAUGAAGGAUACACUCAACUGCUUUAAUAAAGCUUCUCUGGGUAAAUUAUCA